CUUUAACCUCCCCCCCCCCCCCUUCAACACAUGUGCAGCUUCCUGAGCCACAAGAGCCGAAGAGGUUUAGAAGUAUUUUAUCAGCAAACCGCCGCUUUUUGAAAACACAGAAAUGCCGAAAGACGUGUCUUCGUCGUCGUCAAGCGAAGACGAAGCGGAGAAUCCCGCUCCGGAAACAGCCGAACCGCCGAAACAGCCCGGGAAGACUUUGAGGUUCCACUGUUCGUCAGAUUUCGUGACUUUCCGUCACGUGGCGUGCAGCGGCGCCGCCACAGACGCCCUGAAGGAUGACCAGAAGGAGCUGUGGCUCAUCAAAGCGCCGGUCAGCUUCGAUCCGCGACGCUUCAGCGGCAUCAAGGUUCCCCUCUCGGGUCUCCGGACCGUGAAGGUUCCCGGUUCCGAGGGUCCAGAGAGGGAUCAUCAGAUCUACAGCGUUUUGGCGUCCAGGCGGAGCGCCUCGGAGCUUCGCCUGCUCACCUGCGACCCACAGGAUCAGCUGGUUUUGGCUCCGCCUUUCUCAGGCCAGCUGAACGUUUGCGAAAGCUACGGCGACAGCAGCACCAACCAGAACCCCCAGGUGAUCCCCGCCUCCCCGGCGCCGUCCGUCCCGCCCGGACUCAAACAGCGCUUCCUCCCAUUUGGCAGCAGAACACCCACUUUGACCGAGGUGGGUGAAGAGGAGGUGGAGGGAACCAUGCGCCCUCUGGUGGCGGCAGAAGGAGGAGGCAGUGGGGAUGAAGAGGAAGGAAGGAAGAGGAGGAAGAAGAAGCGGAUAAAGACGGAGGAGGAGGUGGAGGUAAAACAGGAGCCGGUGGAUGAGCCUCCGAAGAAGAGGAAGAAGAAGAAGAAAAAGAGGGAGAUGGAGGAGGGGUUGGCGGCCGGCGUGGAGGUGAAGGCGGAGCCGCUCUCUGUCAAACUGGAGCCUCCGGACGCCUGGUGUGACGGCGCUCCGGCUUCAGGAAAGAAGAAGAAGAAGAAGAAGGCUCUUCUGUAAACGGAUGCCUGGAUUGUUUUCUCCUCAUUAUCCAGAUCAUUGACAGAAAGAUGUGGAAGAACCCAGAGCAGGGGCUGCUGGGAAAUGAGGCCGCAGACGUGUGGUCCAUGCCUGAAGACACGAACCCCUAAAAAGUGAUUGAAUUAAAAUGAAAUGAGGAGAAAAAGCUGUUGUGGCUCCGGUGUCUCCUCAUGACGAUGACUUCACCCUGAAGGAAUGAAGCGCCGCGUAGAACGCCGUCUGCGGCUCGUAAAUCUCACAACGCCGCGCACAUUUACAGAACACUUUCCAGCAGGCUGAAGGCGUCAGGCCCACGAUUCAGGGAAGCCUUCACUUUUUUUUUUUGUAAACCUGAGCUUCUAGUCACACAGUCUGACAGGAAGGUGGCGCCACAGUCCAGCUUACGUCCUCUGUGGCGCCGCCGCCUCUCCUGAACUUCUGGGCUGUCGUGUUCUAAGGAGCCGAGCUUCUGCCGCAGUCUGAGGCACGAAGAGAGCGGCGGCGGUGGCUCCGGGUGGCGGUACUCGCCAUCGUCCCUCGCCGCUCCGCACCGGAGCGUGGUCCUGCUUCUUAAUGAGCUCGCAGCUCGCCAUCUGUAGCCGCCCCCCCCCCCCCCCCCCCUUCUCCAGCGCUUCCCAGACACAGACAGGAUGAAAAUCCUGGCGGUUGGGAGGCGAAGCUUCAUCACCACAAAGGGAAUUUUCAAUGUGCCGCCUGCAAUUGCAGAAUUCAGGGAAGCAGAUUCCGGUUUCUGAUGCAGAUCUGAGCCGACGGAAGUUUUCGGCGUCCCGCUUUUACCCGCUCCCAGAAGACAUAAACAUUAAAUCAAUCAGAAGUUUGUUGUUUUUAACGGUCACAUCGUUUCCUCACAAGUCGUCGACUAUUUGGUGCGCGGUGUGACGCGUUGUCAUAGUAACUACAGGCGUGCUCGGCUGCGGCUGAAGGAUGAGGAGGAAAGUGGUUUAUAUGGUCAAAAGGACAAUUUCAGAAGGAAAGUCUUCCUCUGACUGCUUGACUUUGUCCAAAUGAUGAAGAAAAAGUUUGUUUCAAAGAAUCAAAGUCCACAACUACAAACCAUUACCUCUGAUACUUACAUGUGGAUCAAAAAUGUCUUUCAUUAACUGAUAAUACAAACACUUAUUGACUCUGUAUCAAGCUAAAUAAGGGAAACAAGAUAGAAAAAAGUCAACAUUGGUGUUGAUGGUCAAAUGUGACUGACAGAGAUCCUGUCAUGUCCAUCAUAGAGACAUUUGAAGGACGCUGCUCUUUUCUACCGUCUUGCUGUCAUGAUAAACCAGAGUGACAUCUUU